CGAUGGCUCAGUGGUUAAAGCAUGUACCACUCUUACUGAGGAUCUGGGUUCAGUUCACAGAACCUUCAUGGUGGCUCAAACUGAUGGCCUCUUCUGACCUCCAUGCGUACUGACUGCCGUUCAUGUGGUGCACAUACAUACAUGGAAAUAAAACACUCAUACACAUGAAUAAAAACAAAUAAAUCUUUAAAAUAGAAAGACUUGUAGGUUUGCAUGUGAAAAAACUGAAGUCCUGAGAAGUCAAGUACUUGGUCCAAAGUUCACAGCUCACAGGACCAGCAAAGAACAUGAAGUUCUGGCUCAUCGUCUUCAUGGUUGGUAAUGGACUUGAGAUUCACCUCCUAUGUAGUGCUGCUGGAUGGCCUCCUAUUGAGGAAAUGCUGGGUUGGGCUACAGAAGAUUCUGAAUGCCAGCACAAAGAGACUUUAUUCUGAAAAUGAUAAGUCACUACACGAUUUGAACUUCAUUAAAGUAUGGUUCAUUUAACGGUUCUACAGGGUUUCUCUUGGUGUUGUGUUCAGAAUGGAUUGGAAGGGUGUGAGUAGAGGCUGGACAUCAGGGUGCUCUGCUGAUUAAGUGCUGAUAGUGGUUAGUAGUUAAUAGACAGGAUGUCUGCUGUGUUGGUAAAGGGAAGACUUGAGGAAUAUGCUGGAGGUGAAAUGAAAUACCCAAUCACGGGUUAGAUGUGGUAAAAAGAGAAAAGGACAAACAAAAGAUGCUUCCUCAUGUGUAAGCAAACUUUGUCAGGCUCGAAUCACAGAGAAAAAGAGUGCUGUGGAGGACAGCCUGCAUUUCUGUGGGCAACACCCCAGCAGGGAUUUAGUGGUAGGAGCAUUAAGGAAGCUGAGGCCACUGGGACUUGCGGAACACUUGGAAGUAUGUAAACUUCCUCCAGAGGAGAGAAAAAGUGUGUGUGUGUGUGUGUGUGUGUGUGUGUGUGUGUGUGUGUGUGUGUGUGUACAGGCAUGUAAAUUCUACAGCUGUAGUCUCUGAGGCUGGAGAAUCACGGGUUCCACAACAGCCUAAGCUAUAUAGUGAAACAAAGGAGAGCAAAGUGUCCAGACCAUCAGACUGUCUCCAUUCGCCUUUUCCUAGAUGGAGCUUAGAGGCCUCCGGCAUACCUCUCUGCAUGCGCUGUCCAGGAGUUCUGAGUAGGCAGAGAGGCGACUUUCAUCUUCUGGAAUAACCUCCUGCAGUAAGGAGGUGGGCGGGCUCUGGGACUGAUAAGCUAAAUUCGAUGGAAAGUGGCUCAAAUCAGAUUCUAGGUGAUUGACUGCUCCUGCCUCUCGACUCACUGCUCCUGUUUUCUAUUCCACUCAUUUGGCAAAUGAUGACGGUCUGUCUUGUGACACUUCUCAUAUUAUUACUUCAUUGUUCACCUUCUUGCAUUUUUUCUCUCCUUUUUUUCUCCAGCCUUAUUGAUUAGUCCUUGGGGGUUAGAGAUGAUGUUUCCUUGCUUUUUGUAUUUUUCUUACUCCUGAUCCUGAAAAAGGGACCGUGCUUGUAUUAAUUGACAGUUGCUGCUUGAGAAGGGAUAUUUUCUAAGGAAUGUUGUUAAAUGAAUCUUAUUUUUAGAAAGUAAAAAAUUCUACUCAUUAUGUUUUAUAUAAAAGCAUGUACCAUCAGAGUAAAUAAAUUCGAGAUAAUUUGUUCUGGUUAAUAUUACAAAAAAUCAUAGAAAGGCUUAGGGUUUGUUGUUGUUGUUGUUGUUUUUGCGAAAGUGAAACUUUCUAAAUAGGACAGAAUGUCAAAUCAUGAAAUUUCUAAAAGCGACAAAUCAGGCAGUAUUAUGUGGCUCAAUCUAGUAAGAUCCAAUAGUAAUUCAUCUGCUUGCUUCCAUCUGAGAUGGAAUGAGCUCAAGGGAAGCAAGUCCCCCUUUGCUUUAGUCUUAGAGAUAGGAAGCUAGGGAGAUGCAGGUCCUGGGCAGAAGUCGAUGUCAGGGGCAAGAACUUGAGCCAUCACUGAUUCCUGUCAUGAGUCGGUACCACUGUGGUUGAUAGGCCCUCCCUGCUACAUUGGAACCUCCAGAACAUUGAUGUCACACCAAUAAGGGUCAUUGUCAUGAAUGGCCUGGCUCUUCUGGGCUCUGGGUUCAGAAUUGAUCUGCAUCAUGUCAGUGAUCUUCACUCCCAACUUGCUUUGAGGCAAGGCCAGGGUCAAUGUCAAUAUCCUGGAGGAGGAUGACCAGCUGAUCCACCAUAUUGUAGAAUAUCAGAACAAGGGUCAAGCAAAUGAAUGCAUUAAGUACAAACAUAUGUUUGAUAGAAAUCUCAUUUAUUUAGUUACCAUUGCAGAUGCCAGCAUAAUCAGUCUCAGUAAGGUGGUGGAAUAAUCUUCCUGGUGGCUGUUCUAAAGAGUGAUAGAACAGAACCCAUCUCUUAAGAAAAAGAGAUGUGGUUGCUACCAACUCAGCUAUUUAGAACAGGAGUGAAAAGUCUGACUUCUUUUAAACUGUGAAGAAAGCUACUAACACCACUAUAUUCUCAGUGUAAAUAUUGUAGUAAUAAAGCAGAUCCUGCAAUAAAACUAUAAAGACCAUAAGGCAUGUGACAAUAAUGCCAUUAUCAUUGUCAAUAAAAAUCAAUAGCAAUUCUUAAUUAUUGUCUAAUAUCGCAUGACAGUAAAUAAUACACACUUUCUUUUCUUUUUAAAAAUUAAUUGAUUUAUCUGUUUUGCAUCCUGGCUUCAGUUUCCCCUCCAUCCUCUCCUCCCAGUCCUUUCCCCCAACUCCUGCUCUGUCCCCACCCCCCAAUCCACUCCUUUUCCAUUUCUGUUCAGGAAAGGACAGGUCUCCCAUGAAUAUCAACACACCAUAGCAUAUCAAGUUGCAGUAAGACUAAGCACCUCCCCAUGUAUUAAGGCUGGGCAAGGUGACCCAGUAUGAGGAGUAGAGUCCCAAAGGUCAGCAAAAGAGUCAGAGACAGCCCCUGCUCCCACUGUUACGAGUCCCAUAAGAAAACCAAGCUACACAACUGUAAUAUAUAUGUAGAAUGCCUAGGUCAUUCCAGUACAGGCUCCCUGGUUGUUGGUUUAGUCUCUAGGAGCUUCUGUGAGCCCAGGUUAGUUGAUUCUGUGGGUUUUCUUGUGAUGUCCUUGACUCCUCCAGCUCAUAUAAUCCUCCUCUCUCUGUUCACAGGAAGAAUUCCCCAAACUCUGUUUAAUGUUUGGCUGUGUGUAUGCAUCUGUUUCCAUCAGUUUCUAGAUGAAGCCUCUCAGAUGACAAUGGGGCUAGGAACCAAUCUAUGAGUAUGGCAAAAUAUCAUUAAGCAUCAUUCCAUUGAUAUUUUUCUCUCCAAUUGUGUUUGGUUCUAUCUUAGGUCUCUGGGUCAUCUAGCCUGUAGGUCCUAGUACUCCAGGCAGUGUCAGGGUUGGGCUUACUCUCCUGGCAUAGGUUUUAGUCAUUGGUUGGCUACUCCCUCAAUAUCUAGGCCACCCUUACCCCAGCACAUCCCAUAGGGAGGACAGACUGUAGGUUGAAAGGUUAUGUGGCUGGGUUGGCAUCCUAAUCCCUCCACUAAAAGCCUUACCUGGUCAUAGGAGAUGGCUGUUACUAGGAGUCUCGACUGGGGUCAUGCUUGUAGAUACCUAGGAGAUUCCCGUGUGCCAGGAUUGUACCUGAUCCCGAAAUGCCUUCCCUUCCCAGUAAGAUUAUUCAGUACUUUCUCCCUCCAACCCCCCCACCCCAAUGUUAUCGCUCACAGUCCUUUCCCCACCUACCCUCAGUCCACUCAUGAAAUUUCUUCUAUUUCCCAGGGAGAUCUGGGUGUCCUGCCCACCAUGAACCCUUUUUUUUUUUAACCUAGUCUCUCUGGGGCUGUGGAUUGUAGCAUGGUAAUCCUUUACUUUACAGCUAAUAUUCAUUUAUGAGUGAGUACAUACCAUGUUUAUCUUUCUGGGUCUGGGUUACCUUACUCAGGAUGUUCUUUUCUAGUUGCCUUCAAAUUUCAUGAUGUCAUUGUUUUUAAUAGCUGACUAAUAAAUACUCCAUUGUGUAAAUGUACCACAUUUUCUUUAUCCGUUCCUUGGUUGAGGGACAUCUAGGUUGUUUCAGGUUCUGGAUGUUACAAAUAAAGCUGCUAUGGACAUAGUUGA